UUGCUUGCGUCCCCAACUCGGAACCCACCUCCGAAAUCGAGACGAGGACCCCUAUAAAACCCCAAACCCCACUCUCUUUGGUCUUCGUCUCCCUCGCCGAGGAUCGAUCCUUAGAGGCCGAGAAGGGUUGGAAGAGGUAUCGACCAGCGAAGGAUUCAGCCCCGAGGACUGCAACUACGAGACGGUUCAGACGCCACCAUGCCUGCCGUAGUGGUCUGUGGGAAGAGGUCUUCUUCCAUCUUCGAGGAUCUCCACCUCCACACCCCUCCCCCGGCAUCCAAGAGGGCCCGCUGCGCCUCCGGUGCCUUCCUCCCUACCGCCGCGCUACGGCUCUCCCCCCUUGCCGACCGGGACAACGGUGAAAACAGCGGCGAUGGUACUAAUCUGUUUGCGGCUAAUCUUGCUCAUCUGCGGUCUCUGUUUCCGGAAAUGGACCAUCAGCUUCUUGAACGGGCACUUGAAGAAUCAGGAAAUGACUUGGAUUCUGCCUUACAAAGCUUGAAUGAUCUCCAUUUAGAAACAACAAAAUUUAACUUGGAUUCUUCUGUUAGCAAAUCUGAAAUUGGGGUUGAGACAAAUGUUCAGCCUUCAACUGAAGGUGUGAUCAACACAAAUGGUGUGGAUCAAGUUGCUUCAGGUCUAUCUGCGGCAGAUGUUCUCCCAAAAGAUGGAUCUGAAUGGGUUGAGCUGUUUGUGAGAGAGAUGAUGAGUGCAACUGAUAUGGAUGAUGCAAGGUGUCGUGCGUCCAGAGUACUGGAGAGUGUGGAGAAGUGGAUAAUGGCUCAUGCUACAACUGAAGCGCUGCAAAGCUUCCACAAGGAAAACACUAACCUGAAAAAUCAGUUGGAGGUGCUGCUUAAGGAGAAUACUAUUCUGAAGCAUGCAGUGGCAAUCCAGCAUGGUCGCCAGAAAGAUUACAAUGAGAAAAGCCAGGAGCUGCAGCAUCUGAGGCAUCUUGUAUCACAGUAUCAAGAGCAGUUAAAGACUCUUGAGUUCAAAAACUAUGCUCUCUCGGUUCAUCUGAAAGAGGCUCAGCAAUGUAACUCCAUUAUGGGACGCUGCAAUCCAGAUGUAUUCUGAUAGAAAGAAAAGAUCGAUGUACUGUCAUCAGUUGUACACGUUUGUAGUUACAUACAUUAAUCCUUUUCAGAUUAUGUAUUGAUGAGAAUUUCCAGUGAUAUGUGGACUUAUCAUAAUCAUUUUUACUGUACCUAAAAGAAGCAUCGACUUUGUGAGGCAUCAGCUUAGAUAGUCAAAUGUGAUACAGCCAAAUGCAUGAUGUGUGGAAUCCCAAAAUGAUCUCAAGGGAGAGGACAUUACAUUAUGGUGUCCCUCAUUAGCGGGAUCGGGGAGGAUGAAUGUAAACAAUCUUUAUUUGGAGAGGCUGUUAAUGUGGCCUUUGAAUCUAAUUUGGUUUUUCCAAGUCGUCAAAGUUUAUCGUUUGUAUCAAAACUUACGCUCUAAUCUUUAGAUCAUUGUUAAA